UUCGAUAGUGGGCAAAUAAGUCAUAUUGCGUGUAGAUUGAGGCUCAUCUUCUAUAGAGGUGGCUCGGUUUUGAAAGUUAACUCACCGACCCGACACUUUGCUUUCACUGCAAUACUGAUUUACCCCUUGAGUUUUGUCCUAUUCAUAAAUCUAAAUUAUUAUGUCCGUAGCAGAAAGAUUCAGCACUUCUAGUAGAUCCUACAUUGAACCGGUUUUAUGUUCAUCAGCCACUAUGUGAAAUCAAUCAAAGGUGACCAAUCCUUCAAGAAUGAUACAAGGUGUUAUUGUCCUCUCACGUUAAAAUGGUUCCAUUUCCAGAUAUCUAUAAAGAUUUGUCUAUGAAAUUCAAGAGGAGAAGCCCUGGCCAAUCUUUACGGACGUGUUUUGGUUUACUUGCAGUGCUAGCUUUUGCUCUUGAGACUAGUUUUUUGGUCAGAAGCGAGGACGCGGAGUUCUAUACCUUGCACUCGGAAUUUCCAGAAUAUGAUGGACCACCUAGUUACUUGAACCAGUUAUGGGGGAUAUACAACUUAAUCCCUUUUCCACUGAAGAAGGAGCCUGAGCAAAUUUUAGAGAUAAAUUAUUUUGAUAAAGAACUGGAAAUUGGACGGUUCUGGUUCCCACUAGACCUGCGGUAUCCACCUACUCGAGUUGCGUGGCCGAAACAGUACGUUCGUAGUUAUUACACACUAAUCAUGACAGAUUUGGAUUAUCCAGCAGAGAGAGACAACUCGGAGGCAGAGUACUUACAUUGGAUGGUUGGAAAUAUUGAGGGACCACCAGAAAAUAGACAAAAUGAAACGAUUGUCCAGUAUAUUGGCCCCUACCCAAAACAAGGAACUGGUUUACAUAGAUACGUGUUCUAUUUGUUUAGACAACCGAAGAAGAUUAAAUGGCCGUAUGAUCCUAUAUUAAGUACAUUCCGUAAUGAGUCACGGAGGCGUAGAUUUUCGACCCGCAGAUUUGCUAGCAAGCACAAGCUUGGAAUGCCAGAGGCUUUCACUUUCUUCCUUGGUCAAUUUUGGCACCAAAAUACAACCGUAACGGACUUACCGUCCGUAGGUGAUAAAGCUACCUGAAUUCGUUUCAUUAAGUCUAAAUUCAAAAGAAAGGACUGCAGUGUAGGUGAUAAAAGUGAAAAGAUGCAACCAAAUAAUAAGUUUUUUUUUUUAAAACUGAAAAUAUGUUUAUCUACUCAUAUAUUUUAAAGAAGGGUUGAUCGGGCAAAUAGCCGUAUAACUGUACAAAAAUCCCAGAGACAUCCACUAUAAUUAUAAUUAAUCAUGAAUACCUAUAUCAAGAAAAUUCCCGUGUACGUGUGAAAUCUUUGGAUACAUUUUCACGUGGGUAUAAACUGCACAUCCAACAAAAACAGAUGACAAAAGGUUUAUUAAAAGGUCUCGCCGUGACUUAAUGCGAGCAGCAAGGGUCGGCGAGUCUUCAGUAUGUCUCACCUUUGACUUUCUGUUUUCGGUUUGGAGCAAAGUUUAGACUCAUAAUAGGGCUUUUCAGAUCUCGAUGAAAGUCAUCCUGCCUCAAAAUGUUCGACUUCAAAUAUUAGGCCAAACAUUUAAAAACAGUGAAGUUCAUCAUUUAUUCUCUCUAGUGCUAGCAUAUACUAAAAUGAACAUUGAUGUGUGAGGUCUCUAAAUUCAUAAAGUACUCGGAUUAUAUUUAUUGUACAUGAACAUUUUAUAUAAAGGAUGAAAUUACUAAACAGAUAAAAUCCAUAAGUACUAUUAGCCAUCAAUUUACCACUUUGUGAACAAUGUAGCAUCUAUUAGUAAGUAAUUAAAAUACACACGAUAAUGCCGUAUUAAUUAAAUUAAAACACAGUAAAUAAACAGAAAUUGAGUUUUUUCA